CAGCUUAAGGAACUGUAUUAAAGGGUCGCGGAAUUAGAAAGAUUGAGAACCACUGAUGUAGGAGGUAAGGUAGGCCUACUUUGAGGGUUUUUAAAACCCAUUAGAUAAUUUGAUUGAAUUCUCUGCCCAUGUCAGCUAAGCAGCUGUUUUUAAUGCUUGUUGGCUUCAGGAGCAUGUUAUUCAAUCAGAGGCAGGUUAAGUGGAAGCUGGUGAAAACAGGGCAGGUACCACUUCGUCCCAGCAUUUUUUUUUUUCCAUUGAAAUUUCAAAUUCUGAAUGGCUUUAUGAAUUUCUUUGAAAUUUUUGCGAUUAUUUCAUAAUAAAGACAAUCCAGGGUUGAAAAAAAAUAGCGUUUGUUCACACUGGGCUUUAAGUCUGUUGGAUGUUUUGUCGUUCUUUAGGUUGAUUUUAUUGGCAGUUGAUUUACUUUUUCAGAUAAGGCUCAGUUUUCUUAGGGCUGUUGAAGUGCAAGGACAUCCAAGUAUAAACUAGGAUUUGCAGGGUAGAAUUGAAAGACAACUGUUUCUUAAUCUUGAAUGAUUCCAGGAGAAAAUUAGACGAGUCCUAUUCCCCUGAAGAUUAAAAGAGAUGGACAAGAAGUUUGGUAGCGUUAGAUAGCAAAGAAGGGAAUAUAUUGAUUGCAUCAUGGGUAAGCAAGGCUUUUAAAUGUUUGAUGGUGUCUCUUGAAAAGACGUCCUGUUGCGUUGCUUUAGCAACCAAUUGAAAGAAAAAUCACAUUUUCCUCAAAUUGGUACAAGGGAAUUGGGAUAUAUUUAGGAUGCCACUGAAUUAUUUUGCUUAUAUUAAUUCCUGAGACAAGCAGGGGAGGGGGAGGCAUUUUGACCGUAACACUUUCCUCAUAUUAGAGAGAGACUUUACCAUUCUAAGAACAAAUUUGAGGAUUUAGUAUGAUUUUGGUGUAUAGCCUAGUAAAAUUAAAGGUUUGUAUUAUAGUGGUUCACUAACAAAACUAUACAUAGACAAUGUCUAACAAGAGUUGUAAUUGUUCAUAGUUUCUAUUUCUUCUGCUGCUCUUGGAUAGUAAUAAAAGAUUUUAUGCCAGAGGAUCUACUUUGUAGAAGCAACCCAUGGCUUCUAAUGCAAGCCAUUGGCCAUAGAUUUGUUUUAUUUUUCAUACUGAAUAUGCUGCUUUGAUAGUUUAUCAUAGGAGAAAAAGCCUAAGUUUCCAUGCCUCCUAGAGUCAUUGUAAGUAGCUACAUGAGAAAGGUUGGUAUUCCACAAAAAAGUAGCACUAUAUUUUCAGUUCUAUUUUCAUCUGAACAAACAGGCUAAGUCUAGAGGAAUUUGUACAACUGUUAAUAGAAAAGUUCUAAAAUUCGUUUAAAGUUGAAUGCUAGCAUCGUGAUAGUUACUUAGAUUAAUAAAUCUUAAUGGACGGAAACCAGAUAACGUACUUAUAUAUCAAUAUAUAUCCGUCACUAAGAAAACAGUUUUAGAUUUAGAUUAACAUAUAGCUAAUGAGUAACAUAUAGAUUUAGAUUAACAUAUAGCUAAUGAGUAUUAGUAAAUAUUAAUUAUGCACACUAGUAUAACACGAGUUCCGAUUUCUUUGCAAAAUGGGAAAGACAAUUUUUCCCCUUGUUACAAAACACUUUUAUCUUAAAAUAGAAUUUGUCUAGGUUUCUCUUGAAAGCAAGUUCUUAAUCACUUUUAAAGAAACCAGGCUCUAAUAUAAGACUUGUGUGGUCACUGAAGGGGGGAGCAUAAGUAGACAUAAAUGCAAAAACAUGCAAAGAAACUGAGUAACGGUGAGAUUAUAUAGUCUAAGGUACGGAUUUUUGGGGUGGUGUAGCAUUUUAAAUGGCAUGGUUGCAAAAAUACACACUCACAAAUCAAGAUUUUGCAGGCAAUCCUUCUCUUCAUUUUUUCAGUAUGCUUGUUUUCCUUCAAAUCCUAUCUGUCUGGUUAAAUCAGAGUGAGCCAAGAUAGUGACCAAAAAAAUUGAGAAGGGGAUCGUAGUUGUUUUCUCGUUUUUAAAGAUCUUGGACCUUAGCCCACGUCCUGUUAUGUGAGUUUAGAUAGGCUUAUACUACUAUUUUAGCCUCGGAUGCUUUGCUUUAGCUGUAUCUUGAUUUCUUAGCAUGAAUUUAGUGAAAGCCUAAGAUCCCCCAAAUCUUUAAAUUAUAAAUCAGUCGAAACAUAAUUUAGGUGGGUGAAAUUACAAUUUAGGAGCUAGGAUGAAAUAUGAAAGGGGAGGAGGAGGGUGAGAAAUAUGGUAAAAACAUUCAGAGAAAUUCGGUAAAUUCUCUUAGAAUCUAGACUUUUGAGCAAUUUUUUACAUUAUAAAAUUGUUUUUUAAUAAACUAGUUACUUGCACUUACCUGCUGGCUUUUCCAUUUGGUAGAUAACAUUCUGAACUCCCCCAGCAGAGUUUUGUAAUCCCCACGUGCUUAAACAUACUAAAUGUUCUUUUUCCAUUAAGGUUAAUGUUCGGGAAGAAAUUGAAGAGUUUUUUCCAAGAAUGUGGAAGAUUAAUCAAGAUAAAAGAAGGCUAAUGAAAAAUAUUAAAGAUCAGAAAAUUAAAAUUGAAUGGGGGAAAAAUUUGAACAGAAGAUUGGUCAGAUAGAAGCCCUUGAAUAUUUUUAAGGCUAUUUUGAAUUGUUUGAAUUGGGGAAGAAUACGCGAAGUAUGAAAAAUGAAAAACUCAAUGAAGAAUGAAGAGAAGUAGAAAGCAAGAGUGAAGUAGAAUUAAAAGAAUCUGGAAGAAUGAAUGGGUCCUAGGUUAAGUAAAUGUAUGGUUUAUGUUCCAGUGUCUGUAUGAUCAAGUUGUAGAUGAAUUUUGCAUGAUUACUUAGUUAAUAGAGAUUUGAUGAUCUGGUUCAAGUAGGGAAUUGUUGAGGACAGUUAGCAGUAUUAACAGUGGGUUAUUAAUGAGCUGAAAUUUUUUCUGGAGGGUGAUGCCUAACCAUUUGUUUUUCAGGAGCAAUCAAUAUAAAAUAAUUAUGGUACUUUAAAAUGUUAGGUGUUAGGCAUCUAUGUGACCAGUGCCAUUUGUAAUACUGUCUUCUUUGUUAGGAGUCUCGCUCUCAGUCAAAAUCUCCGACGGGAACUCCUGCUCGUGUAAAAUCGGAGAGCAGGUCAGGCUCUCGUAGUCCAUCACGGGUUUCCAAACACUCCGAAUCUCAUUCUCGAUCACGAUCUAAAUCUAGGAGACGAUCUCGAAGUAGAUCAUACACACCAGACUACCGACGCCGACGGAGCCGAAGUCGAAGUCACUCACCAAUGUCUAACCGGAGAAGACACACAGGCAGCAGAGUAUGUGAUGCAAAUCCGGAUCCUAACACUUGUCUUGGAGUAUUUGGCCUCAGUUUGUACACAACAGAGAGAGAUCUUCGUGAAGUAUUCUCUCGAUAUGGACCAUUGAGUGGUGUUAAUGUGGUUUACGAUCAGCGAACUGGACGGUCCCGAGGAUUUGCUUUUGUUUAUUUUGAAAGAAUAGAUGACUCAAAGGAGGCUAUGGAAAGGGCAAAUGGAAUGGAGCUAGACGGCAGAAGAAUUCGUGUGGAUUAUUCUAUCACCAAGAGAGCACACACACCUACACCAGGCAUCUACAUGGGCAGACCAACUCACAGUGGUGGCGGCGGUGGCGGUGGUGGAGGAGGAGGUGGCGGUGGUGGCGGCGGUGGUGGCAGACGUCGAGAUUCCUACUAUGAUAGAGGAUAUGAUCGUGGGUAUGACAGAUACGAAGACUAUGAUUAUCGGUACAGAAGAAGGUCACCUUCUCCUUACUACAGUCGAUACCGAUCACGAUCCAGGUCUCGUUCUUACAGCCCGAGACGCUAUUGAUAAAUUGAAUGGUUGCAGUUGAAGACUUUUUUAAGCACCCUUUUGCAAACAUCUUUGGUUUACGUAAUAUCUACAUUUUGUCGGUUGUAUUGCUGUUUUUCCACUCGGCACUAUACUCUUAAAAGGUGGAAUUGUUACUGCUUAGUUAAACAUCUUGAGUUAAAAAGGAACCCUGGUGUUAAAGUUUGGUAAAUUAUUUUUCUUUCUUUAUAGAAAAUUGUAGCUAAUCAGAUGGGAUAGAAAUUGACCUUUUAAAAAUUUGUGUUAGGCAUUGUGUAUUAAGAGACUUGUAUGUUUAUGAUACUUUUUUUAAUUGUUUAUUUUGGGUAGAAUGGUAACAAAGUAACUCAGUCAUGUCAGGGUUGUCUGGGGUGGCACGAACCUGCCAAAUAGUUGAGGGUGGACAAUUUGAAGCUAUAGAAGAAAAUCCUUAUGUGGUUGUUUCUUUUAAAGAAUGGAAUUUUGAACCCUGAAAAUUAAGUUUUUGUUAAAGAUGAAAAACAUGUAGGCUCCAUAACAUGUAUUUGAAAUACAUGUAUUAUCUGUUAAACCUUGCCAACUUACAAUGUGAUGUGUGUGUGUUAAACUUAUUGAGGUUUAAAUAUGCCCUAAUCAUUGAAGGACAACCCUUAUUUAUUUAGAGCAAUUGUAUAUUUUGCUGUUAGAAAUUUUGGUAUUGGAGCAAUGGUUAUUGUAUAGUCUUUAGGAGAUAUGUGUGGGGGGGAAAGUCUUUAAAUAAAACUUAAUUUCUUUCAA